AUAGCGUGCUGGAGCCAGAGCCGCAGACCUGGAUGGCAUCGCUGGCUGUCCGGUGCCAGACUAGUGGAGCAGCCUUCGAGAGCCGAUAGUGAAGGAUACAUCUGGAGUGCACCAUCACCCUCAUAUCUGGAGUUUAUUACACCACUGUUCAUUAUUAUCAUCAACGACUCAUUCCUUUUGAGGACACUGAGUAUUGUCUUUUUUUUUUUUUUUUUUUUUUACCAACUUGGAUUGCUCCCUAUCUUCCUCUAUGCGAAUCUACUUUGAGUUCUCAACACAAGAAUCUCGUUUCAGGACAGAUCUGGUGCGUCAAAAGCUGCGCUGGUUCGGAGUUUUACGCGCCUCUCCAGUCGCUAGAUUUUGGAUCAUGCGUGACUUUCUGUGGUAAGAACAGGAUGCAUCCUGGAUGGAUGGAUGGACGGAUCGCGUUCUAGGGCGCACUGGAAUAAUAUAGUGAACUGACAAGAGAGGGAUCUUCUUUUUUGUCUGGAGUUUUUUUUCCCCCACAUCUGGAAUUGUUCCAUCCAGCGGUUGGAGGACGUGCAUCAUCAUUUCUUCUUCCCCUUGAUCACCUUUGCUAUGCGUCUGGUGUGGAAAAUACCUGGUGGAAGGUGUACAGCGGGAUUCAUUGUGAGAGAGCAGGACAUCAUCUGCAACUGAUAAUAAAGAGCUCCGUUUUCUUGUAUUUUUUUUUAUUUUCCUUUCUUUCUAAUCCGUGCGUAAUGUACGUGGAAUGAAGACAGAGGAUGGAUAUAAUUUGGGAAAUAUUGAUCAUUCUUCAAGCCAAUUUGAUUGUCUGUAUAUCAGCACAACCGAAUCAGCCGAAAAUUCACGAAGGAUGGUGGGCGUACAAGGAGGUGGUGCAGGGGAGCUUUGUUCCAGUGCCGUCGUUCUGGGGGCUGGUCAACUCGGCCUGGAACCUGUGCUCGGUGGGGAAGAGGCAGUCGCCAGUUAACAUCGAGACCAGCCACAUGAUCUUUGACCCCUUCCUCACGCCCAUAAAGCUGAACACAGGAGGACGCAAGAUGUCGGGGAAACAUCGGACUUUUGCAGAAGUCCAGGUGGGAGGGACGAUGUACAACACGGGCCGUCACGUCUCUCUGCGAUUGGAAAAGGAGCAUCUGGUUAACAUCUCUGGGGGGCCAAUGACGUACAGCCAUCGUCUGGAGGAGAUCCGGCUACACUUUGGCAGCGAGGACGGCCAGGGCUCCGAACACCUGCUGAACGGACAGGCCUUCUCUGGAGAGGUUCAACUGAUCCACUACAAUCACGAGCUGUAUACAAAUUAUACAGAAGCUGCUAAAAGCCCCAAUGGAUUGGUCGUAGUGUCUAUAUUCAUGAAGAUUGCUGAGACAUCAAACUCGUUCCUGAAUCGUAUGCUGAACAGAGACACCAUCACAAGAAUAACAUAUAAAAAUGAUGCGUAUCUACUGACUGGCCUGAACAUAGAGGAGAUUUACCCAGAUACGAGUAGUUUUAUCACAUAUGAUGGAUCGAUGACCAUCCCUCCAUGCUUUGAGACCGCCACAUGGAUCCUGAUGAACAAGCCGGUGUACCUCACACGCAUGCAGAUGCAUUCCUUGCGGUUGCUGAGCCAGAACCAGCCAUCUCAGAUCUUCCUGAGCAUGAGCGACAACGUUCGCCCGGUCCAGCCGCUGAACAACCGCUGCAUCCGCACCAACAUCAACUUCAGCAUGCAGGGCAAAGACUGCCCCAACAACAGGGUUCAGAAGCUACAGUACCGAGUGAACGAGUGGUUGCUAAAGUAGCCUCCCUUGGAUGAGCAUGGAGACAUGGAGUGUCAGAGAUGGAGAGCGGGACGAGGCGAGGCGGGAGGAAGGGGAGGACGUGAAACCCGGGCUUAAGGCUGCAUCUCAUCUAAGAUUAUUUCAUGGCAUUGUAUAAAGACACCGGACAUUAAACCGAAUUAAGGAACUUUGUAUUGCGAGCAAAGAGACUCUUCUUUUCAUACAUUGAGAACAGUUUGAACCCUCGAUCUAACACAUGCUAACAAGCCCUUUCCCUCAUCCCCCCACACUGUACAACUAUAUCUACACGGACAUUUUGAUACCAAUACUUUUUUGGGAGAAAACCAAAAAAAGACACUUGGAAACUUAAAAAAAAAAUAACGUGGAAGCAUUUAUUUGAUAGCCUCCCAACCAAUAGGACAACGUUGGGACUUUAAAGGCCUUUGUACAUAAAAAUGUGGGAAAACCUCCAAGGACUUUAAGUCACUGCCCCCCAUCCCGCCGGUCAAGACGGUCAAGCGGUCAACACACGGUCUCACACGGACGUUUCAUUACACUCACCAAACAAGGCAUGCGAUCGGCAAAACCAACCGAGAGGGAGCACAGCAUUACCUUGUCAUUUUUCCGAAACUAGAGUCAUGUCACGGGAGACGAGCGAAUAUUUACAGGCUUUCUUACGGCCUUCGGAACAACCAGUGUCUUGGCCUCGUUUGUACAUAUUAUAAUUAUCAAUACUGCAGAAAAAUAUGUAAAGAAAAGUAAAUGAAUUAACAUUCAAAAAGAUAUAUUAAGAGGAUUUAAAAAAAAAAAGAAAAAGAGACGAAAAAGUUGAUAAUUUUAAAAAGCUUGGCGCACUUUGAAUUCUGGAGCAGUUCUGAGCUGAUGCCUUUUUUCUGUUUUAUUGUUUACAAUGGUCAUACACUGUGUUUGAGUAAUGUUAUCAGCCCAAUAAAUGUGUCUGGAAAGUUCACUUUGGAAAAUGCUUUACUAAUAUGAGGAUUGUACCUGUACUUGUUUUGUACUGUUCCAUAUUAAAUGUGUUGAUAUGUCAAUAA